GCGUCGCGAGUUCCGCAGAGCCGGUCACCGUCGGGGGUUUGUGCGUUUGUUUUUAACGCCGACUCGGGGUGUGUGUGUGUGUGUGUGUGUAUUAACGUGCAUACGUGCUUAAGCCAAUUGCACACACAAAAUUUUUUUUUUUAAUCUGAAGUGUGUUAAAUGUAUCAUGUCUUCAUUGUCAUUAAUCUGCAGUACUUGUCACCAUUACUGAUGUUGGUUUAGUUAGGUGUUUGUAGAUUAUUCAGUAGUGCGUUUAUUGAAAAUGGUAAAUGCCUGAGAAAUUUUUACUUAAUGACGGCUUCGAUCUUUCCUUGAUACUUCUCAGGUUCAAACCCGUUGCCGUCGAGUCAUUCCGACUCCUAGCAGCCCUAUAGGGCAGGGCAGAACUGCCACAGAGCGUUUCCAAGGAGCGCCGGGUGGCUUCGAACUGCCGACCUUUCGGUUAGCAGCGGUAGCCAGCCCACCCCACCCUAGCCCACCCCACCAGGGUGUCCUCUCACGUUGAGGGUAGUGUUUCAAUCUUCAACCUGAUUUUCUCUGUACUAGGUUGAUGGUAUCUUGAGGCGGGUGCGAAUUGAGUCGCUGAAGUAAAUAUUUAGUUGACUCUCUUUUCCUUAAAAAAAAAAAAAAAAAUUACCAUAUUUAUUUUUAUUUGCCUACUUUGGCAGGCAGGGAAAAGGGACUGCUUGGCCACAUGAUGGCUUGGAUUUGUUUACAGAAAAACUGCUUUUUUGUAAAAUGUAGUGUAUUUUAGACCAGUUUGUCUUUGGAAGAAAUUAAGAUUUUCUUGUUCGUCAGGUUUCAUUACUGCUGUAGAGUGCUUAGAAAUACCCUAAUUAUUUGUCUUCAUCAGACAUUUCCGUUAGAUGGUUCCCAGAUAUCAUGUGACAUUCAUUUAUAUCUUCCUUUUAAAAAUGCAGUCGCCUUAUUUGUGGUCUAAUGCUUGUUUUUUUCCUCCUAGGAAAAAGCAUUAAAAAUUCUAAAAAUAUAUUUUUCCCUUCUCUAUGGACUUAACAUAAAAUUAAUUUUGUUUGUAUUUGGAUUUAUUAAAAAAAAAAACCAUAAAUCCAUAUCAGUUAUAAAAAAUUUUUUUGAGUAGUUAAACCAUGAGUUGUGGAAAUGAGUUCGUGGAAACAUUAAAAAAAAUUGGUUAUCCCAAGGCUGAUACACUAAAUGGAGAAGACUUUGACUGGUUGUUUGAAACUGCUGAAGAUGAAUCAUUUUUUAAGUGGUUUUGUGGGAAUGUGAAUGAACAGAACAUAUUGUCUGAAAAAGAAUUGCAAGCUUUUAGCAUUCUUCAAAAAUCAGGCAAGCCCAUCCUAGAAGAAGCUGCAUUAGAUGAAGUUCUUAAAACCUGUAAAACUUCUGAUUUGAAGACACACAGUGUGGAUGACAAAGAGCUGGAGAAAUUAGAGGAGGAGGUUCAAAUUCUUCAGAAAUUAAAGAACCUAAAAAUCCAGCGACGUAAUAAAUGCCAGUUGAUGGCUUCAGUAAUCAGCCACAAAUCUCUGAGAUUAAAUGCUAAAGGAGAAGAGGCCUCUAAAAAGUUGAAGCAGAGCCAAGGAAUUCUAAAUGCGGUGAAUACUAAAGUCAACAAUGAGCUUCACGCUCUUACAGAUGAAGUUGCAAAAUUGAUGAUAUUCUACAGACCUUCUGACUUAGGGCAAGGGACAAAUCCAAUGGUGUUUUUAUCUCAAUUUUCCUUGGAAAAAUACCUGAGCCGGGAAGAGCAAAGCACAGCAGCAUUAACCUCCUAUACCAAAAAACAGUUCUUUCAGGGUAUACACGAAGUAGUUCAGAGUUCAAAUGAGGAAAAUUUUCAACUAUUAGAUAUACAGACACCCUCUAUUUGUGACAAUCAAGAAGUCCUUGAGGAGAGACGACUAGAGAUGGCUAGGCUGCAGCUGGCAUACAUUUGUGCUCAACAUCAUUUAAUUCACUUGAAAGCAAGUAAUCUGAGCAUGAAAUCAGGUAUAAAGUGGGCAGAGGAGAAUCUUCAUAGCCUAACCAGCAAGGCUGUUGGCAAAGAAAAUUUGGAUGCUAAAAUUUCAAGCUUGAACAGUGAGAUUCUGAAACUUGAAGAACAAAUCACCCAUAUGAAAAACAAAAGUUUGCCUGCUGUGGUAAAAGAGAAUGCCCAGUUAUUGAAUAUGCCAGUUGUAAAGGGGGAUUUUGAUCUGCAGAUUGCUAAACAAGACUAUUAUACAGCCGGGCAAGAGUUAGUUUUAAAUCAGUUGAUAAAACAAAAGGCAUCAUUUGAACUUCUACAUUUAUCAUAUGAAAUCGAAUUGAGAAAACAUUGGGACAUGUAUCGUCAACUUGAAAAUUUGGUUCAAGAACUUAGUCAAAGGAAUGCGAUCCUACAACAGCGGUUAGAAAUACUAACAGAUCCAUCAAUAUCUCAGCAGAUAAAUCCAAGGAAUACUAUCGAUACAAAGGAUUGUUCUACUCAUAGGCUUUAUGAACUUCUAGAAGGAGAGAAUAAGAAAAAAGAACUGUUCAGAACCCAUGGAAACCUGGAGGAAGCAGUUGAGAAAUUGAACCAGGAUAUUUCUUUAUUACAUGAUCAGUUGGCAGUAUCUGCUCAAGAACGUUCUUUCUUUAUGUCCAAACUGAAUAAUGGUGUGGGCAUGCUUUGUGAUGCAUUGUAUCAAGGAGGAAAUCAGCUUUUGCUUACUGAUCAGGAUCUAACGGAGCAGUUUCAUCAAGUUGAAUCCCACCUGAAUAAGCUGAAUCAUCUCCUUACAGAUAUUCUCGCCGAUGUGAGGGCAAAAAGAAAAAUUUUGGCAGCUAAUAAACUGCAUCAAACGGAAAGAGAAUUAUAUGUGUAUUUUUUAAAAAACGAAGAUUAUCUGCAAGAUAUUGUGGAGAAUUUAGAAAACCAAUCAAAGAUUAAAGCUGUUGAUCUUAAAGAUUGAAAACGACUAAAAAUUGAAUCUUUACAUUGAUUUGGAAUAUGUUAUGUUCUAAUGUUUUACGUACAAGGAGAAUACAUCAUACCUAAUGCUACUAAAUUUUUAAAUUCAAGGUCAAUGGCACGUUUUAUUUAAUGAGCUCAAGUAUUACAUCAGUUUGAUUUUUUCCUGAUAUAACAUGUUUGUUCAAAGGGCCACAACUUUUUAUGACUUGAACAUUUUCUUGGUGGUACUUGAGUGAGUGAGAUAUAUAGUCCUGGUAAUUUUUUACCUAAAAGGAAAAAACAUUAUUAUAUAACGUAAAUAUUUUUUAAUACAAUUAUAGCUCUCCUUUUUUAUUGGGGGAGGAUGGAAAUAUUCUUCUUAAAUAUUGAAAAUAUUUAUACAACUUUGAGUCAACGUUGUUAAAUCUGUAGGCCUUAAUAUAUGGUGUAGCCAGGUUCCUUCAUAUUUGACUGUAAAGAAAAUCGUACCCGUCAAACUGCAUUUCACCGUAAUUCCCAGCUGGAGAUCUUGAGGCUGUUUUAAUUAACGUGUCUGCUUAUACCACGAAGAACUUCAGCACUCCACUGUUCAUUUUAGGGACAAGGUCCCGGGGACUCACAAUUUCUGCAAGACAGAUUUCAGUAAUGCUUUGACUUCAAUGUGACUUAGCGUCAUGAAUGACCUCCAAGUGAAAUGCAGAAAUCCAUAAAGGUGUUGCCAAAAGGAUGUAUGAUGCUUUUAAUCAGAUUCUUUGGAAUGAAAAGAAAAAACAAAUGUUGGGUUGCAUUUAAUUUAGAAUACUAGGAGCCCUAGUGGCACAGUGGUUAAGAGCUCAGCUGCUAACCAAAAGGUUGGCAGUUUGAAUCUACCAGCAGCUCCCUGGAAACCCUAUAGCAGUUCUACUCUGUCCCAUAGAGUUGCUAUGAGUCGGAAUCAACUUGACAGUGACAGGUUUAGUAUAGUAUUUGUAUAAUUAGAAACUACUUGAUAUUGAUAGAAAAUAAUUUGAAGUACCUUAUUUACCAGUUAUUCUAUCAAAUGCUUCUUGAGUGCCCAGUUUAGUCAUGGCUGUAUUAAAUACUAUAUGAGUUGUAUAGAGAAAAGAAGACAUAGCUAUUCAAGAAUAUUUCUUUCUUGCUUUUACUAUGGAAUGCUAAUCUAAAAAGUACAUAUUUCAGGUAGUCUUUAUGGAAUUGUUUUCAUGUGUAAUCAGAAUUAUAGGUGACAAAUGAGCUCUGUUGAUUUUUUAACCCGUUGAACAAAAAUGUUUUUGCCCAUUGUAUUUGUGCAUAAUUUUAAAAUUUAUAUUAAAUAGGUCUUAAUAUACUUAAACUUAUGUAGCAAUAAAUCUUGUCUUAAGAUUUUAUUGUUGGCUGCUUCUCACUUGAAUGACUCUUGUUAAUUGUUUUUUUCCUAUUCUACCUUGCAGUGGAGAAUUCACCUGUAAUUUUUCUUUUCUCCAAUAUGGAAAAAUGUAACACCUGGUUUCUUCUCAUGGUGGCAAACUCUGUUUAGAUUAGUGCCAAAUAUGUUAGAUGUGUGACCAGAUGCUUCCUGGUUUGUACCGGCCCCUACUGUACCUUCAGCCAGGGGCUCGGUGGAGCUGAGUAGUAGGAUGACAGCUUGUGUAUCUACCCUAACUACCCAAGUCAGCUAUAAAUGAUUUUUGUGUUACUAGAUUUUUUCAAACCUAUUGCAGCUAUUUUUUCAACCUCAGGAAGUAUUUGAGUAGAUUGCUUGCUUCAAAAUUGGUUGAAUAUGUUCUUUAGUUUGAUCUUUGUUUACCGAAAUAAUCCACUUGAGCCUCUUAACUUUUUUUGCUUUUUAUUCUUACUGUCCUGUCUAUUAUGGGAGUAAUUGAUAGCUGUUUACUGUGGUUGUUAUUAAUACAGUAAUUUUUAUGAAAGGCUCAGUGCAUAAGUUUUUCAAAUAACUUGUGUUUCUUAUUUUGCAGUCUCAAAAUUAAUAUAUGGGCAUUUAUCUUAUGUUUAGGCUUUUAUGAAAAUGGAAAAUUCUGAGACAUUUGUAGGCUUUGAUCUCUAUAAGACACCGCUCUCCAGUAUUGCUCAGAAGAUUAUGUCUGCUAUGCACUCAAUUGAUUUAGUGGAUUCUGAGAAUUUGAGAGAGAGUGAAAAGAGUGAGUAAUUUUUAUGAACCUUUCUGGGUUUUGUUGCAUUGAUAUUUUUAAGGCUAAGAUUUGAAAAUGAAAUGCCACAAAAUUAUUCCCUAGAACUUUGUGUAGGAAAAUCCCAUGCCUACAAAUAAGUGACACUUGGCACUCCCUCCCCCCACACACACACUACCUCCUGGCUCAGUGCUGCCUGAGCUUCCAGCAUUUCUGUCAAACAUUUUCUGAGAAUUUGCAUUAUGUGUUUAAGUGUCCUCAAAAGAGAUGGACUCUUUCACAGUGCCUCUAGCUUCACCUUGGCCCUCAGGUCACUGAACCUGUACAUAGUAUUUGGGCUAUUGUGUAUGGUGGAUAAGAGAAGUGCUUUUGAUAGUACAUGUAUUGUAUUACAGUAGAAAUAUAAACCUUGAUGCGACAAAGAUCAGUGCAUUUGUAUACAGAUGUGUUUAUGACAGGAGCCCUGGUGGCGUGGUGGUUAAGCACUUGGCUGCUAACCAGAAGGUUGGUGGUUUGAACCCACCAGCUUCUCCACAGGCGAUAGAUGUGGCAGUCUGCUUCUGUAAAGAUUUACAGCCUUGGAGUCCCUGUGGGGCAGUUCUACUCUGUCCUAGAGGGUUGCUAUGAGUCAGCAUCAACUCGACAGCAAUGGGUUUGGUUUGAUUUUUUUGAUGUUUUUGACGUGUGCAUUAGGUGAUAUUUACAGCAGAAAAAACAGUGACAUACGCGCACAAGUAUAGCUGAAAUGUUUGGAACUUCACAGUUAUAUAUAUUUUUUGCUACUAGCAGAGCAGUUUUAAUUUUAAAUUUGCAAGUUGGGUCCAAUAAUUUGUAGUUUGUAGGUGAUUGAAAUAUAAUUAAGUAAUUAUUUUGAGGUGAAAUAAUUGAGAAUAUUACCAAAUAUUAAAGCAAAAGCUGUUAUAAAUGCUAUUUGUUAUUUAAGAUAUAGUAGCACUUAACAUUUUGAUCUGUUCACAUUCAGGCAUCUAUGAUUGUGUGCCUUACUACAAAAGAAGUCACUAAUAAAUAAGCCAGGAAGGAUUUUUGGGUUUGGACUACUUACCUAAGAAUUGAUAAUGCUUUGGACAGAGUGAUGGGGAUAUUAAAGAAAGAUAAGAGAAAUAUGUAAACAUCAAAGAGAUUUCUCAUUUAUUCCACAUACUUACCUUUCUAAAGUAAAAGAACAAGAAGCACUUGACAGGUCGAAAUGUACUUCCCUUCAAAAAGUUGUAAUAAGAAUAAUGAAAUACCUCUGGUGGCUACAGUGAGUCUCUACUGAGAAAAAUUUAUGGCAGUCAGCGCAUCUCAUGUCAACUCCUGUCCUGUUCCUGAACUAGCCUCUUAAAAUCCUAGUUUUUCUAAAGAUUACUCAGAAGAUAAUGGGAAAAGAUUACAUUGCUUUUCUGCCAGCUAUUCUUGGAUUUGGACAAACAGUAGAAAUAUCUAAAGGAUUUUAUAUACUCUCUUGCUGUGUAACAACAUUACUAAAGACUUCCAAAAAACAACCCAAACCUGUUGCCAUCAAGUUAAUUCCGAUAUAUUGUGACCUGGUAGGACAGGGUAAAACUUCCCCAUGGGGUUUUGAAGGCUGUAAAUCUUUAUGGAAGCAGAUGGCCACAUGUUCCAACCACUGGCCGCUUCGGUUAGCAGCCAAGUGCCUAACCACUGUACCACCAGGGCGCCUCUACUAUAAACUUAAUGACUUAAGGUAACAUACAUUAUUAUCUCACAGUUUCUGUGGAUCAGGCAAGGCUACAGUCAAGGUGUCUGCUAGGACUUGUCUCAUCUGAGCAUCCAGAAGGGGAGGAUUUGCUUCCAAGUUGACGUGGUUGUUGGCAGAAUUCUGUUCUUGGAUGUUCUUGGACUGAGGGCCUCCGUUUUGUGCUGGCUGUCGGCUCCAGCUGCCCUCACUUCCCUUCUACGUGGCCAUGUGGCCCCGUCCAUUGGCAGCUUCACAAUACCAAGCUUGCUUUUUCAAAGCCACUGAGAGUCUCCCUUGCAAGGCUGACGUUACAGUCUUAUGUAACCACAUGCAUCCUAUUGCCUUUGCUGUAUUCUCUGGGUUAGAAACUAUUCAGCAAGUCCAACCCACACUCCAGAGGAGGGGGUUACUCAAGGGUGUGAAUACCAGGAAGCAGGGAUCAUGGGACCACCUUAGAGUCUGUCUCCCACAGAUCCCUACCGGUUUUAUUCUUAUUUCAUGUGAACCUGAAUUAAAGAUGGAUUGUUACUGGUUUUUUACAGGCGAUGAUCAACUUAAGACUUAAUCGAUUCCUGGACUCUUGUCAGAUUCUUAUUUCUCUCAAGUAAAAUAUUACAAAUCAGGAUUUUGUAUAUGAAAAUCCAUUUCAUAUCAAGUAAAUAUAAUUGAAAAUAAAAAUCUAAUGGAAAUAAACUACAGAUACUUGCUUUUACAAACACUAAGGAAGUAAAAUCAAAUAUUAAAACUGCGUGGUAUAUAUCACUUUGGGUUCUAAUUUUCUGAUCUCCUAGACAGACUGAGGUAUCUCAAAAUAUAAAUCCAAUAAAGAUUAGACUGUGUUAUCUUUUCCUGAUAAAUUCUCUUGCAACAAGCAUAGAUCUUUAUUUAAAAGCCUUUUGCUGUGAAAAACAUUAAAAUGCAGAAACUUAGAAUACAGCUUUAUGAAUUAACAGGAAGAGAACAUCCGUGUAGCUACCACUGACAUUGCCAGCGUAUCAAAAUUUCCUUCUCAUUUACAACCCUCUCCUCGCUUAAAAGUAACCAUUAUCCUGACUUUUAUGGCAACUACUUCCUAAUCGCAGGCAUUUAAAAAAAAUUUUUUUUUUUUAAUUUUUAUUGUAGGUUAGAUGAGGGUUUACAGAGCAAACUAGUUUCUCAUUAAACAAUUAAUACACAUGGUUUUGUGAGAUUGGUUGCCAACCCCACGAAUGUCAACACUCUCCCUUUCUCGACCUUGGGUUUCCUAUUACCAGCUUUCCUGUCCCCUCCUGCCUCUUCUCGUCCUCGCGCCUGGGAUGGUGUGCCCAUUUAGUCUCGUUUUGUUUUAUGGGCCUCUUUUAAUCUUUGGCUGAAGGGUGAACCUCAGAAGUGACCUCAUUACUGAGCUAUGAGGGCGUCUGGGGGAUCAUAUUCUCUGGGUUUCUCCAGUCUCUGUCACACCAGCAAGUCUGGUCUUUUUUGUGUGUGUGUGUGAGUUAGAAUUUUGUUCUACAUUUUUCUCCAGCUCUGCUGGGGACCUUCUAUUGUGAUCCCUGUCAGAGCAAUUGGUGGUGGUAGAUGGGCACCAUGUAGUUGUGCUGGACUCAGUCUGGUGGAGGCUGUGGUAGUUGUGGUCCAUUAGUCCUUUGGACUAAUCUUUUCCUUGUGUCACUGGUUUUCUUCAAUCUCCCUUGCUCCAGAUGGGGUGAGACCAGUGGAAUAUCUUAGAUGGCCGCUCACAAGUUUUUAAGACCCCAGGCACUACUCACCAAAGUAGGACAUAGAACAUUUUCCUUAUAAACUCUGUUAUGCCGGUUGAGCUAGAUGUUCCCCGAGACUGUGGUCCCCACAGCCCAGUAGUUUGGUCCUUCAGGAAGUUUGGAUGUUUCUGUGGAGCUUCCAUGACCUAAUCACAGGCAUUUUAUAUUGCUCCAAAGAUCUUUGGGGCAGAGAUGACUAGUUGUGACCGCAUGGACAAGAUCUUGUCAAUGCAGUAUGAGUUAAUGUGCUGUGUGCCAUUUACAAGCUAGGCCUGAAGACAGUGAACUUGCUUCCUCUAUAGCCUCUUUUGCCUUUCCACCAGUUGACUGAUAAAACAGUGUCCUAGAGGAUUGUGGAACAAGCUGGAAGGGACCCAGGUCCUGGAGUGAUUUCAGGAAACACAGCUGCAGCACCGACCAGGACCACUUACCUCAGAACAUGAAACAGAAACAAACUUCCUUUUUGGAAGCCAUUGUACGUUGGAUCUUUUGUGACUGUAACUUUUUCCUUUUGCGCAUACACCUUUAGACUGUCUAUGAAAUUGGGUUCAUUUGACUUAAAUUUUAUCAUUUUAGUGUUCCCUCAUGCUGCUGAACGUCUUUGGUAAAUACUGGGGCAGAGGCAGUUUUCAGGGUGAUUAUAGGGGUGUCAGUUGAUCUGGUGGUAUGUAUAGGAUUAUGCAUAUGAUUAAGCACUUGUUUAUUGGUAUAUGUCUUUAUGUUUUGUCUAAGCACCUAUAGAAAUAACAUUUUCUAAUACAGGCUUGUUAGGAUUCUUUUUUCAUUUAACUCAGAGCUUAGAGGUAAAUGUGGCAUUUUCUGAUAAUAUAGAAAUAUUUUUAUAAAUAUUACAAGUUAAUACAAUUUUGAGACCCCUAAAAAGGUAGAUAUAUGUUAAAAUCCAGUUCAUUAAUGUGAAGCAUGAUUUUAUUCCCACCACCUACUGGAGAUUCGGUCAUUUCAGGGACAGAUACUUAAAACUAAAUGACACAGUCUGUCUUUGUGAUUAUAUAUGUUCCAGUAAGGAGUAUAUGGGUGAACAUUUUAUGCUGUUAUUUGUACCACAUAAAUAUAAAAUUCUUAUGCUCAGUCACUUAUUUGCAGUCUUAGAUUUUAGUUCCCAUUGCCACUUCCCUCAUUCAGGCUCUCAUUUGUUCCCACCUGGAUUUUUUAAGGGUCUCUGUCUUAGUUAUCUAGUGCUGCUAUAACAGAAAUAGCGCAGGUGGGUGGCUUUAACAAACAGAUUUAUUUUCUCACAGUUUAGGAGGUUGGAAGUCCUAAUUCAGGGUGCCAGCUCCAGGGGAGGCUUUCUCUGUUAGCUCUGGAGGAAGGUCCUUGUCUCCUGAGCUUUCUGUUCCUAGACAAUCUUCAUGUGGCUUGGCAUCUUUCUUCCCCCAUCUCUGCUGCUUGCUUGUUUCAUCUCAUAUCUCUAUAAAGAAAGUGACUCAGACACAGCCUACACUACCCCUGUCUUGUUAGCAUAACAAAGACAGCCCAUUCCAAAAUGGAAUUAUUACCACAGGUGUGGAGGUUGAGAUUUACAACACGUGUGACCGGGCAGGGGAGACACACAGUACAAUCCAUAACAGUCUCCUAACUGCCGUUUGCCUUCAGUUUAUUGCUACUUUGGUCUUUUCUAUGCACCGUUACUGAAAUUAGCUCAGCCCUUAUCCUUGCUGUCUGCAAAGUUGAUCUAUGAAAACAACUCCAUGGGCUCCUAUAGAGUGAUUUGGCCCCAGCCUCUUCUUUUCAGUCUGUGUUCCACUCCUUCUUUUCCUCUCUUACUUUAUGCUCCAUUCAGGUUUGACUGCAGAUUUCAAACACGUGACUCUUUUCUGUCUUCAUCCUUAUCCUUUUCUCCCUGCCCUUCACUUCCAACUCUGAAUGUUAAAGUCAUAAACUGUUUUGCAAGGUCUGCUUAAAUAAUACUUUCCAUUACCAGAAUACCAAAAUUGGGAAGUAAAUUUUUCCUCUGCGUUUAGUUCAUAUACAGCUCAGUUACAGAACUUACUGUGAAGUCCUUUUUGGUUAUUUGUGUAAUGCUUUAACUCUUGGUGGAUGUCUUGAUCACAGCAAGCAUUCAAAUAUUAUUUUAUAUUGGAUAAUUGAUUUUUACAAAAGUCAUAUCUCCCUAAUAAGGUUGCAGAUGCCAUGAAAGCAGCAAACAGAAUUCUCUAGCAUCUUCUCGUAACUCCUAACUGUAUAGGACAUGAUAGCUGUGUUAUCUUCUACAUAUAGCUGGUAGAAGUGCUGAUUGAGCUAGGUGGGUAGAAAGGAACCAAAAGGAAUUAACCUGGCUGCACAAGCUGACUUAGAUGAGGACAGCCAAAUAGUGAAAGGCCCAGUAUCUAAAGUUCAAAAGUGCUUUAGUUAAUCACCGCUCAGAGAGGCCAGGUGAAGUCAAUUCAGAAGAUACGCAAGCAGAUACAUUACCUCUUUACUGUAUUUCUACUAUUAGCCUAUGUUUAUUGGGCUGUAAUUAUGUGCCAAGCAUUGCUUUAUAUAAUUUAUUUCAUGUCAUCCUCAUGAAAGCCCCUGGAGGAAGUACCAGUUUCAGUGAGGGAACUGAGGCAAAAUAAUCUGCUUUGAGCCUAACUUAUCAGUUGUUAGUGGCAAGAUCUUAAUUACUAUACUCCACCUCAUCUCUAACACUUGAAAACAAAGCAGGUGGUAAGUUACUGGAGCUCUACCUAUAUAUUGCUACAGUGCUGUGAAUUAAUAUGGCUCUUCUAGCCAUAGUCUUUGUGACUCCCCCACAAUGAUUGGGUAGGACUAUGCAAAUAAAGUGCUUAUGGUCCACCAAGGGGAUUGGACAGCUUGCUAAUAAUACAAAUAAGGUAUAGGGCAUCCUUGUGGAGGUAGGACCAUACAAAUAAGGUGUAUGGAACCAUAAGGGAAUUAGUUUUGCCAUCUUGCUAGGCUUAAAAUAAGCCAUCCCAGAGGUGGAAACAGGACCUUCCUACCACCAAGAAGAAGAGACAGGAGCAAAGUGUAUGCACUGAGAGCCUAGACCCAGGAGACAGAGCUGUAAUGCUGAAGAUGGCACAAGAUGGCGAGAAGUGGCAGCAGAGAAAUGGCAGCAGCAGAACCAGGAGACUGGUGCCAGACAGCACAGUGGGCUUCCUGGCUCCUGGAGCAAGGUGGUUGUGGUGGGUGUGCCGACCCAUAGAGCAAGAGAGCUGAGCGCCUCGGGGAGCGGGCAAGAGGCUUCCUGGCAGAGUGGAGUUCCUCCGGGCACUUGGUGGUGGAGCUAGGCCUGCUGACCCACAGAGCGAGAGUGCUGAAUGCCUCUGGGCUGAGGCUUACUUGCAGCGUGAGGAGCCUCUAGGCACUUACAGUGGAGCCAUAGAGCUUUGUAACACUUGGGUGAGCAGGGCAGAGACUUGUCCGAGGGACUGAGGGGCCGAGGGGGUGAGGACCAGUGAGAGGCCUGCCUGUGGGCACCGCUAAGAAGAAGCUGUCCUGGUGGAAGAAGUGUCUCACUGUUACUCCCUAAUAAAUCCUCUAAAUGUGAGCAUGCUGUGUGAGUCCUCUGUGGCCAUCGCGAAGGAUUACUGAACCUAGCAGCAAAGUAGAGAGUGCUGCGGGAGGGACGGUUGAUGUCAGAAUUACUGAACCUAGCAGCAAAGUAGAGAGUGCUGCGGGAGGGACGGUUGAUGUCAGAAUUACUGAAUGUAGCAGCAAAGUAGAGAGUGCUGCGGGAGGGACGAUUGAUGUCAGAAUUCCGGAGGGACGAUUGAUGUCAGAAUUAGUAAAAAAAAAAAAAAAAAAAGUCGGAGAGAAACCCCAA